AUGGAGGAACAUUUGCGUCAAAGUCUUUCCAACCACCCUCAUGCCUUCCAGAAUUUACAUCAUACCCAUAGCAGCUCACCGUCACACCGGGACAGAAUGCCUCUAUCCUUCAAUGAAGGCACCACAACCGCCCUUGAGCACGAGCUCACCACCAUGCAGCAACACCGCAGUGGUAGUUCCAGUGAUGAAGAAGGCCAACCUCCGCCACGCUACACCCCUGAAAGCGAUCCGUUCCAGCUUGCCUCGAAACUGAAGACUGAGGAUGAGAUCCGGCAGAUGAAAGCCAAUACCUCGCGGAAACGGGAUUCCAAAAGCCGGAAAGUGGGUUCCAUUGUGCAAGACACUGCCCGUCUUGGAAAACAGGCUUUCGUGACCAAGAAGCUACAGGGCUUCUACGAGUCCCAAAAUGAAAACAUCGAGCGCAUGUUGAAGCCCGUCGAGGAGCACAGACGUGCCGCCCGCGAAUUGAGCGUCGACAACCGUCUCAAGUACCGGAUUGCUGUUUACGGUAGUUUUGCCGCGAAUAUCAUUCUCUCGAUCAUCCAGGUGUACGGUGCCGUCUCGUCCGGAUCGCUCUCUCUGUUCACCACAAUGGCCGACGCGGUCUUCGACCCCAUGUCCAAUCUGACCCUCUUGCUCUGCAACAAGGCCGUCAACCGCGUCGAUCCGCGCAAGUUCCCUGCCGGAAAGGCCCGCAUUGAAACCGCUGGUAACAUCUGCUUCUGCUUCCUUAUGACCGCCGUUUCUUUCAUCAUCAUCGCCUUCUCUAUUCGCGAACUGGUCUCGGGCUCCGAGGAAGGAACCCAGUCUUUCCACCUCCCUGCUGUCAUUGCCGUCGCCGUCGCCUUUGCCACCAAAUUUGUCCUUUUCCUGUACUGCUGGGCCCUGCGCAACCAGGUCUCGCAGAUCCGCAUCCUGUGGGAGGAUCACCGCAACGAUCUGUUCAUUAACGGGUUCGGUGUUCUGACCUCCGUCGGUGGUAGUAAGCUGCGUUGGUGGAUCGAUCCUAUGGGUGCUAUCAUUCUGUCCGUGCUGGUCAGUGUACUGUGGCUGCACUCCGCCUAUGGCGAGUUCGAGUUGCUCAUCGGCGUUACUGCCGACACUAAGAUGCAGCAGCUUAUUACUUAUAUCUCCAUGACCCACUCUCCUGCCAUCACUGCCAUCGAUACCGUCCGUGCAUACACCUCUGGCCCUCGCCUGCUGGUCGAGGUGGAUGUCGUCAUGGACCCAGAGGCAUCCCUGCGUGCCACUCACGAUGUCGCCGAGGAGCUCCAGAUUAAGCUCGAGUCGCUUCCCGACGUUGAGCGUGCCUAUGUGCAUGUUGAUUACGAAACUACUCACAAGCCCGAGCAUUCUCUGAAGAAGGAACUCUAG